AUGCUGCUUCAUCUAGGCUACUGUCUGCUUCUUAUAGCAUUUCUGGUUCCUUAUGUUCAGUUUUUAAAACCCAAGUUCAUACUGUCUGAUUGCACUAUACUCGUACUAAUUGAAGCUGCACUUUUCCAAACUUAUCUUGCUGUUGUUUGGAACUUAGCACUCAUUGUUCUGAAAAUCGAGGAAAAAUGGGACAUGGAGGAGCUAGGGAAAGCCGAACAGCUAAUCAAAAGAUCUAAGCUACGUGUGUUUUUCCUGAAUAUUCUUUUCAGAGCGUUCUCUGUUGCUGUGGUCUAUGAUUUGAACAAGAUUGGCCUUAAAGCAUUUUCAGGAAGUGAAAUAAUAAUGCCAUUGCUUGCUUUAAACUCCAUGUCCUUGAUGAGGAUGUUGUCGCUAAUGGUGUAUUCAAAUCAAUACUAUGAGUGCAAGGAGACUCAUGGAGAAGAGCUUGAACUGCAAGGAAGUAUGCAUUGA